CCCAGCAUCUUCUAAAGAGCACAGACAUCUGUAGAAGACUCAGUGAGACCAGGAACCACCCUCCAUGCUCCCCAGACUUAUUUCAGAGGAGGCGAAUUGCUAGUAAGUAUAGAGCAAAUGGAACCAUUCACCAAUAAGAGAAACUACUGGUUUUCAAAAUAAAUCUACACAGAAUCAUGUCAGCCCUUCCUACCUGAUCCAGUGCAUAAGUUUUAACUAAGUUUUCUUUUAAACUGUCUCACUUUAAAAACCAGAUUUUUUUUUUCCCUUUCUGCAAACUGCAGCAAGAGAAUGACAAUUUGGCUUUGUCUUGAAACGCUCUGAGUCUUUUAGAUGAUCCUGUCUUGACAGCUCUGCUAUUAAUAGUGGCAUUUUCUCUGCUGUUUAAAAAGGAGAGUUGUGCUGAACUGAGAAUCAGUCAUGUUAAUAAUAAUUUUUCACUAAGGGCAGAUGCAGUAUAGUAGCUUAUGUAGGAGGAUUCAUGUUGAAAAAACUUAUUUAUGGUAUGUCAGCACAUGUGGCUGCAAAAUAAGGUAGCCCUUCUUCUAAGAGAGUUGCAGUAGGGCUGCAUUUACUGUAUGCUUGGAUUAUUGUAUGUGUGAGUGUUAAGACCUGACCUUUUCAUUCUACUUGGUGAUGAGAAAAGAUUUUGAUAAGCACAGGGAAUGUGAAUCAGUACAUGAAAUUGUCUCUCUACUGUAAGAAGUCAUUAAAAAUUCAUUAGGAAUUCAGCAUAUGUAUCUAGAAAAAAAUAGUGGAUUUUUUCUCUGUUAUGGUAGUGUCUUUUACACCAGAUAUUGCUGUUUCCAUCCGUUUAGCAACCACUCCACUUUUGGCUGAGAUUGUCUCUGAUUACAGAAAAUAUGAGUAGUAUGAAAAAGUCAGUAUUUAAAUGUAAGCUCUCACAAAGAGGGAGGAGAUACAAGUGACAUGGCUGAUUCAAAAGGUGAUGUUUUUUUCCAUAACCUGUUAUUGAACCAGAUACCCAGCAGAAAACUGAAGGCGUUGUAUUUAUUAUUGCAAGGCAAAAAAUCCUGAGGCUCUAGAAAGUUUCAAUUAUUAACAUAUUGAAAUAAUUUCAUAUUAACACAUAUUGUGUCAGUGAAUGCUACAGUUUCAAUGGGUCAAAGCUGAAAAAUCAUAUUACAGUGUUUGAUUCAGAAAGGAACUUUGUGCAGAGCAGCAGAGAAGCAUAUACUUCAGGACAAGGUGUCUUUAAAAUUUGUACUGUUUAUUUAAAAUGGUAUCUUAAGCUCUGCUUUUGGGUUCAGAGUAUUUUCUAUUGCAUGAAUUAUUGUCUAGAUUGGUGGUCUUCUUUAAUUUUUGUUUCUCUCCUUGAUUUACAGGAUUCCUACAGAAUUCCAGGUGGAGGGGUAGACCUCUGGCUAGUGACUAUGCUUCUAGUGACUGUAGGCUUGAUUUUAUUACUUUUUGCAGAAGCUCUGUACGCUUUCCUGGUGCAAGGGGCUGCAAAUGGCUAGUUUCACAUCAGAGAACUAUCACAUUGCCAUGUUGUUCAUACUUACUGGUAUUGUGUUAAAAAAUGGAAUAAUGUUGGCAAUGUCAUACAUAACUUCACAUCAACAUAACAUUUCAUAUUAUUUCAUGUCGAUAAAGAGUUAACACAUUCUUAAAUUAUUUUUUGAACUGUUGUCAUAAACAGUCAUAAUCUUCUCCAUCGUGUUAUAGAUCAUUACAAGCCACUGCUCUAGGUCAUAUAUCAUCCUAUUGCCUUUUAUAAUACUCAUAACAGUCUGUAGCAGUCGAAUAAACAACUGUCAAAAGAACCAUAGAAAUUGCCACCAUAGAGGUAAGUAAUUUUUAUUAGAAUGUCUUAAAUGUACACUGUUAUUUGAAGUCAGUUCUUUAAUUUCUGUUGUCAGAAGAGGAUGUAUAUUUCAUGCAACUUAAACCUUUCUGAGCAAGAAUACCUGUUUUGGGGGAUCCUAUGAAAAUUUCCUGUGUUUUAAAAAUGAGGUGUUUGUAGCUAGAAAGCCAUGCUCAUGGGUAGAUGAAUAGGUACAUGCCUGAUUUCCAAAAGUUCACCUGUGUUCCUGGAGCUUCCACUGGGUGUUUCACACCUUUUAGGAUUAAGCUGUCUUAGAAGUGGUCCCUGUGUAAAAUGUACUUAGAAAGGCCAGGUGUAUCUCCUUUAAGCGUUUUGUAGUAACCAGUGUCUAGCCUGAUGAUAUCUCUGCACACAAGGUGCAUUAUCACACACCAAAAAACUUGGGAACUUGAUGGAUAGCAAAAGUGAAAUGCUAUCAGGUUACAUAAACUGCUGAUUGAUGAAUCAUAGUUAAUGUCAUUUUUUAAGAGGAAAAGACUCCAGAGAGACUUUGAAGCCUUUGAACUGCCAGUCAACCUACAGUACAUUUGUUCCUUUAACUUUUCUUAAAGUAUGUUUACGAGACAGUACACCUCAUUAGUGGAAAGCUGACGACCUGAGCACACAAGAAAUCCCUUUGUAAUUUAAAAAAAAGAGGUACUGCCCAAAAGUAUAUCAUUAGGUUUUCAGUAUUUUUUUUUUACAUAGAUAAUUUAUUCUGAAACGCUGUUUUGACAAUUGGAAUAUUUCUGUUUUCUAACAUUUAAAAAUGGAAGUUUGUGUAAGAGAAUGUCUUUGAGCCUUGUGGCAAAUUUUACAAAGAACACAGAUUUUUAUGUCUUCAUAAAGUUUGCUACAAGGCUGGAAGACAAAAACCUGCUUUGCUAAAACAAAAGCUAAACCCCCAAAUCCAUACAAGUGGAAAUUGAUGUGCUAAACUGCUUUAUUGAGAAAGAAACUGUUAUGACAGUGUCACUAGUUUAAAUAAAUAGUUGAAAACUGAGAAUAGACAACAAUUAAUGUUUUGUCCAUAGACAAUAUUAUUUCCAAUGUAUGGAUCUGAAUGCUUGCUGUACACGACUAUUUAUUGUUCUUGUGUUACAGGCGAAAAGAUUGAGAUGAUGAUGGUUUAAGGGGGAGGUACAGAGUCAAUGGCAGAGUUGAGAAUCGAAGACAGAUCAGAAUCUUUAUCUAGUCUGAAGCUGACAUGCAUUCUGUUGAGUACUGUAACGGGAUCAUUGGACAGACUUAGAAAUAGACGUUGGGAUCAAUUAAAAAAGGCAACAUGAAAGAAGCUGAGAAGCCUUGUACAGGGAACAAAUUCUGCUGCAUUUCUAAGCUUAAGGUGUUUCUGCUGUCACUAUCACUUGCAUAUGUUGGUAAAACGAUGUCUGGUGCUUACAUGAACAGCAUGUACACACAGAUAGAGAAACAGUUUAAUAUUCCAGCUUCUUUAGUGGGGAUCAUUAAUGGAAGCUUUGAAAUUGGCAACUUGCUGCUGAUAGCAUUUAUGAGCUACUUCGGAGCAAAGCUUCACAGACCCAGAAUAAUUGCGUUGGGCUGCACAGUUCUGUCAUUUGGGUGUCUUUUGAUAUCACUUCCUCAUUUCCUCUUUGGAAGGUAUCAUAUUGAGAGCAGUAUUUCACAAUGGGAGAAUUUUUCAGUUGUGCCUCUGUGCCUUGUUAAUCAAAGCUUGAUCUCUUUACCUACAGACGAACCAUCAACAGAAUGUGAAAAAGAGCCUGGGUCCUUGCUGUGGAUAUUUGUGAUGGUUGGAAACAUAGUACGAGGAAUGGGUGAAACCCCCAUCAUGCCUUUAGGCAUUUCAUAUUUGGAGGAUUUUGCCAAAGCAGAGAAUUCACCUUUCUACUUGGGAUGUCUACAUACAGCAACUGUAAUUGGCCCCUUCCUUGGUUUCUUGUUGGCAUCAUUCUGUGCAGAACUGUUUGUUGAUCUGGAAUCAGUAGGUGCAGAGGACAUAACUAUAACAGCUACUGAUGCCCGGUGGGUUGGAGCAUGGUGGCUGGGCAUUUUGGUUUGUGCAUCACUGAAUCUUCUUGCGGGAAUACCUUUUUGGUUUUUGCCCAAGUCACUUGUGAAGGAAGGAGAAAGCAAUGAAUCUGAGGAGAAGAGUAAAAAAAGUGUAGUACCAUUGCAAGAAAAUGAUAAAGAUGAAGCCAAACAGACCAUGUAUGAAAUUGCUAAAGAUUUCAUCCCCUUCCUCAAGGCUCUGUUUUGCAACCCAGUUUAUAUGUUGUUUAUAUGCAUAACUGUGUUACAGUUCAGUGCCUUCAAUGGCAUGAUAUCUUUCAUGCCCAAAUAUCUGGAACAGCAGUUUGGAAAAUCUGCAUCAGAUGCCAUCUUUUUAAUUGGUGUUUACAACUUACCAGUUAUAUGCGUCGGGUAUUUUUUUGGAGGCUUAUUCAUGAAGAAAUUCAAGAUAAAUAUCUAUCAGGCUGCGAACAUAGCAUUUUGGGUAUCUUUACUGGAAUACCUUCUCUACUUUGCUGCCUAUUGGACUGUCUGUGAUACUUCACCAGUUGCUGGCCUAACAGUUUCCUAUGAAGGAAUAGAACAAGUUUCAUAUGCAGAAAAUACUCUGCUUGCUGGCUGCAACAGGGAUUGUGAUUGCCCACUUAAAGUAUGGGACCCUGUUUGUGGGAACAAUGGAAUCACUUAUGUAUCACCUUGUCUUGCUGGGUGUAAAGCCUCAGGAGGAACUGGAAAAAGUGUGGUAUUUGAAAACUGCACCUGUGUUGCAGCCACAGGGCUUUCAUCUCAAAAUGUCUCUGCGAUUCUGGGCCAGUGUGAUGGAGAAGAAAACUGUGACAAGAUGCUUCAUUAUUUUUUAGUAUUGUCAUUAGUCUGCAGCUUCAUUUUUUCCUUAGCAGCCAUGCCUGGGUACAUGGUCUUAAUAAGAUCUCUAAAGCCUGAAGAAAAGUCAUUUGGAGUGGGUAUCCAUGGACUAGCUUCAAGAGUAUUUGCUGGAAUUCCAUCUCCCAUUUAUUUUGGAGCUUUGAUAGAUACCACUUGCUUGAAAUGGGGUAGUAUGACUUGUGGUGGAGAAGGAGCAUGUCGGAUGUAUGACAUUGUCACAUACAGGUGGCUCUAUCUUGGCCUGCCAGCAGUAUUACGUGGAGUGUCCUAUAUCCCAAGUGCACUAAUUCUCCUUAUUUUAAAGAAGAAACUUAAGUCUGAAAGCCAAAUCUUAUUAAAUGCACCAGUAGAAAUGCAGGAUAAAGAACAAGAAGCAUUGAAAUAACAUUUCAAAGCAGGAAUAUUAUGAAAAAGCCUUGAAGUAUAAAUUCUGGAUAUAUCCUUGUGAAAGAUUUCAUACUUUAACUAGUGAACACUUGGACAGAGACUAAUAAAAUUAUGCAUAGUUGUAUCCUAAUUAUAUUACAAAAGUAUCCGUUCAUGAACAGAAGGUACAGGACAAACGUGUUUGGUGCAGAAGAAAAAGGAGUAGAAAUAAGAAAACUUAUGAAAUGCCAGGUUUGAGUUGUCUGAGCAAAGGGCUAUAAAGCAGAAAUGUAUGUUUUCAGCCCUGGUUUCACUGAAGGUAGUGACAGUUUUGCAGCUGACUCCAGUGAUUCCAGAUUUGAUCCUGGAAUUCUCCAACAGCUUCUGCCAGAGCCUUUCUCAUUGACUGUAGACAGGAUUUGUAGCUUCUUUGGGCCUGAGUUUUCCAUACACUUAUUUAGUUACAAUGUUAGUCAUUUCAGGUGGUAGCUGUUUGUUCUGAGUAGUGUAGGUGUUCAAUAUAUUGAGAACCUGGUUUAUGACAUAGUCUGGGUGCUGUGGUAACAAUAAGAAAUAAAAAAAAAAGAGAAAAAUUUUAAAAUACUGUGUUAUGGUGAUAUUUUAAGGUUUGCAUAGAGAAUCGACAAGGAAAAAUUCUCAGGACUUGUUACUUCAGUUGCAUUCACUCUAAAGGGGAAUAACUUGCACAUAAAGCAUG